UCUUUACUCUACAGGGUGUAUACCGAUUCAAUGUUGCCCAACUUGGUUAAGGCCCUCUGGGCUUUUUUACUGCUGGCCUCUGUGGCUCAGGCUCAAUUCCAAUUCUUCGAGCACAUGUUUGGCGGCGGAGGAGGCGGCGGUCAGCGACAGGGUCGUCAACAAGCAGAGCCUCACGAUGGCCCUAGUGAUCCUACGUGGUAUCAGAAUGAGUGGGAGAGUGCACGCUGCUCCAAGUACCUAUGCCCCGAUACUCUUGCCUGCGUCCAUUUCCCGCACCAUUGUCCGUGUCCGCACCCAGACGUCGAAGAGAAGAUUGAAUUGGGCGAGGGAAGUGCUGUUUGCGUUUCGAAGGGGGGAUACAAGGCUGGCGAAGCGGCGCGGAAGAUCGAGCUGGCUCGGAAAGGUCUUCUAUGAGUUGGAUAACUAUUGAGGUUGCAUUGGGGUGUAUGUGGUAUAUUAAUGAGAGCUUUGGUUAUAUCUUUGUCUUGAAUUGAAAGCAUCGUCGUGGUUUGGUUGUGUUGGUCUCUGUUGGGAUAGGUGUGCUCGAUACCCAACUACACCGUUAUGAUCUAGGUAAUUUGCGCAUCAUAUGAGCUGCUCAUCUAGCUCAUUCUGCUACCAUAGUUCAAAUUGAACGUAUUCUCUGGUGUACGGAGU